AUGCUACAAGAUAAAUAUGUCGCAGUGAAUAACAUGGGUGUGAGAGAAGAAGCUGGGGAGCGUGAGUGGCCCUAUGAAAUAGAAAUUAUCCAGUUUUCACAGAGGUCCAGUGACUUGGUCCAAGAGCACAUGGUUAAGAAGCCAAGUAGAGAUUUCAAAGUCCAUGCUUCUAAAUUGACCACGCAGCCACCAAAAGAAGAGAUUCGAACCACAUGGGGCUCCCGGGAGCUGCUUGUGGCUUGGUUUCCAGUGUUGGCCGCAGGCGGUAUUGAGCAUGUCUACAGGCCCAGCGCAGAAGUGUGUGCCCUGGUGUUUUCUGGAGGCCCUGUCUCAGAGUCCUUUGUGCAGCGUGUAUACCAGCCUUUCCUCAUCACUUGCGAUGGACACCCAACCUGCAGCACUUACCAAACCAUUGCCAGACUGUCUUAUCUCCAGAACCCUGGGACGACUUCCACCAGGUCUUGCUGUGCCUGCCCCUCUGUUUGGAAGAGGACCGGUGGGCUCCCAGGGUCUUCUUGUGGAGCAGCAACAUGCCAGCCUCCCGGCCCCAUGUGAUGGCAGGGAGAGACUUGCCAGAUAGAUGUGGAUGAAUCCGGUACUGAAGAGGCCGGUUGUCCCCAGCGCUGUGUCAAUACUGUGGGCAGUAGGUGCCAGUGUUGGGAGGAGCAGAGCACAUCUGCAGACGGGAUGCUCCGCCUCCCCCAAGGAGGGGGUCCCUCCCUGGUGGUCCCAAACCCCACAACAGGAGCGGAUAGCACAGUAAGGGAGGAGGUGCACAGGCUGUAUAGCCAGGUUGACGCGCUGGAGCAGAAACUGCAGUUGGCUCUGGCCCCACUGCACAGCCUGGCCUCAGAGCCUGGACUACAAGACCCUGGCGCGCACCAAACAAAACCAUCCACAAAAGCAUAG